AUGGCUACUAAAUCGGAGUCUAUGGAUUCACAGACCACGAAGGCCAAAUUCUCAUCAGUUCACUCACCAGAAAAAGAUAACACUUCUAAAAGGCUGAGAACUUCCAAAAACUCUUCUGAACCAGCCAAAGUAAGUAGCAAAGAAUUAAAUGACUCAAACUUUUAUUUAGACGAGUUAAAGCUAGCAUUAAAGCCUAUACAAAGUGCCAUUCAGAACUUUACAGAAAAAUUUACUGACUUUGGUGAUACAUUAAAAAAAAUAAAUGACAGAAUGAGUAUUAUUGAAAACAAUAACUCAGCUAUGGAAAUAAAAAUUGAGACAUUGGAAAAUGAUUUAAAGUCUAAAGAUAAAACUAUCUCUGAAAUACAAUCUAAAUUAAUAGACUUGGAAGCCAGAAGUCAGGAACAACAUUAUCAUUCGGGUUUACCAGAAUCUUUUGAUAAGAAUAAUUUGCUAUCUGUGUCCAAGAGUAUAUUUGAGUCAUUACUAAACUGUGAAGCAUCUUCAAAAGACAUAACUGUUGAGAGAGCACACAGAGCUCUACGUGCCAGUCAAGAUGCUUCCUCACCAAGGAUCAUAUAUACAAAAUUGCUAAAUUUUCAAGAUGCUUUUCAAAUACUGCAAGCAGCCAAAACUAAAGGAACCUCGGCUAGAAAAACAAGCAUACUAUGUGUCUUAGCUGCAUUGCAGAAGACAAAUUAUUCACAGCCUUUUGCAAAUAAGUACUAUAGUAAAGAAGACCGUACAGUGACAGCACAAGGUAUAGCUAGUAGAUACUGCUUUGCAGAAAGGCUCAUCCAGACUCUGCUACACUUCGCUGUGAAGGAAAGCAAGAUGUCAAAAGAAUCCUUGAAGCAAGAGCUGCUACUACUAGAGUGCCAUUUCACAUGGGAUUUGAGAAGGGAAGAUAUUGAUAUUGAAGAUUUUGAAGAAAGAACCAAUGGGUCAAUUGAAUUUUAUAUACAGGAAAACAAAUGCUAUAGCUACAACCAGCUUGCAUAUGUAAAUUAUUUGAAUGACUACAAUAAGGAAGCACUUACUCACCUCCAGAAAGCCGAGGAGACAGCAAGAGCAGAUCAUCCGCAGGAUACAGAAAAGAGGCUUGUGGUUACAUAUGGGAACUUUGCAUGGAUUUACUACCAUAUGAAUGAAGUAGAACAAGCUGAAACUUAUCUUGAAAAGGUAAAAGCAAUUUGCAGAAAUUUAGGAUCUGCUUCUACUUAUACAGUUAAUAUUCCAGAAAUAUAUGGAGAAAAGGGGUUUACAAUGUUGAAAUUCAGUGGAGAACAUUAUGAGAAGGCAAAGGAGUGUUUUGAAAAAGCACUAGAGAAAGAACCUGAUAAUCCUGAGUUGAAUUCUGGAUAUGCUAUUGCUUUAUACCGCCUUACAGCACUUAAAAAUAAACACCAAGAUAAGGAGAACUGCAAACUUCUUAAACAGUUAAGACGGGCAUUAGAACUAAAUCCAGAAGAUAGUUCUGUCAUGGUAUACCUUGCUUUACAACUUCAAGAUUUUCAGAAAGAGGAGGAAGGCCUCCAAUACAUUGAAAAAGCACUGUCAACAUCAGCAGACAUUCCGCAAGUUAUUCGUUUAGUAGCUAAGUUUCUAAGAAAGCAGGGGUCUGUGGACAGAGCUUUAAUGCUGCUGAAAGAAGCACUUGAAAAAAUGCCUAACUCUGCACUUCUUCACGACCAAGUUGGUCUUUGCUAUAGAACAAAGUUAUAUAAAUUAAAGAACGAUCCAAACUCCCAGCAUAAAUCCUCUGCACAGAUUGUUGAAUUAACAAACCACUGCAUUAAUCACUUUGAAAAAGCUGUUGAGCUGAAACCCAAAUUUCACUUUGCACAAAUGAAUCUGGCAGGCAUGUAUGCAGAAAGAGGUGACUAUAGCAAAGCAGAUGAACUCUUUGAAAAGAUACAAAAGAUGAACAAUUUUAAAACUGAAGAUUGGCAACACUUCUACCUUGAGUAUGGAAAAUACUUCUUCUAUCACAAGAAGUCAGAAGAACAUGCAGCCUUCUACUUUAAGGAAGGCUAUAAAAUACAAAAUGAAUCCUAUAAAAGGGACUAUUGCUAUACAUAUCUGAAAAAGAUAGUUAAAAUAAGAACAUCUAGAAAUAAACAAGACAGUAUGGCAUUUGGGAUUCUUGGAUUCCUUUGUCAAGUAAAAGAAGAAAAGCCACAAGCAAUCGAAUACUAUAAAAAGGCCUUAAUGUAUGACCCUGGCAACGAGGACUAUCUGAGUGCUCUGUGUGAACUUCGCCUUUCAAUAUAGAAGCACUGCAUCUUUAUAAUCAGUGCUGCUAUUUUGUUAUGAUGGUGCAAAAUAUGUCUGCAGAAGAGUAACAAGGGUCAAAUGAUUUCACUCUGGUAAUUUAUGGUUAAAUCAAAGUAAUCAGAAAACUCUGACAGGAAAAAGGUUAACAUUUUGAAUAAUAAACAAGACUGUUGGCCAGUCUUAGCAAAUUCUACUUUUCAUUCCAAAACUGAAAUCUCACUUAAGCUUAUGUCUACAGUGAAUACAUGCAUAGACAAUAUAGAAACUAGAAAUAUAAUUGUAUACCUAUAAUAAACUCCACUUUGAAUUCCAUUGUUUAGCCAGAGUACACAUUAUAAAGGAAUCCAUAUUAAUUUUAGGUAAAAAUCAUUUAAUAAAACCUUAUGUAGUUAAAAAAAAAUAGUUAUGGAUACCAUGCUUUUCAGCUGCCAUGGAAUUAGAUUUCUGUAGUCAUAUCAUAAUCAUAGGGACAUUUACUAAUAAUCUAAUCCAUGUUUUGGAGCUGCUCUGUCCCAAAUUGGUAAAUCGCACAGUGUUGUAUGUAACCAUUAUAUCAUCAGAAUUGAAUUAGACAAUAUGAAGUAGCUGUACCAAAGCUUGCCUUUUACAAGUGAACAAAUGUACGUACUACAAACUGUACCUGAACAUCAAUUGGCAGGAAUAACUUUAUCAGAUAAGCUGCAUUAGUAUAUUAUAAUAAAUCACAGCAUACAUGCGCCUUUGAAAUAAAUGUAAUAAUAGUUCUUAAA